CCAUUUUGUUCGCGGACGCUGGGGACGGUGGGAGCAGAUCCAUUUCCGGGUUGGCAAAAGGGGCGGCGGCGGCGAGAGAGGGAGCUUGCUGGGGAGGUAGCCGGACGGGACGAAGCCGGAGCGGAGGUGGCGGAGGAUUCGCUCCCGGGGCAGCUACAGCCCGGUCGAAAGGAGGCCGAGGAGGCUGGGUCAUUCUAGGAGACCAUUUCAGUCAUGGCAAUGGCAAAGGUAUAUGAGUGACCUAAAGCUGCAAAUUAAAACGGAGAGAAAGCAGUAUCAACUGCGAGCAGGGCAAGGAUGCCAAUUCCUCCUCCCCCUCCACCGCCCCCUGGUCCUCCUCCACCUCCCACUUUUAAUCAGUAUAAAUGGAGAUUUGGACAAGUCACAUCAGAACAGGAACUAGUCUUUUGCCCCAAAACUAUUCUACAAAGGCAAACACAGAGCCGCCCAAGCUGAGUAGAGAUGAGCAGCGGGGUCGAGGUGCCCUAUUACAGGAUAUCUGCAAAGGGACCAAGCUGAAGAAGGUGACCAAUGUUAAUGAUCGGAGUGCUCCCAUCCUUGAGAAACCCAAAGGAAGCAGUGGUGGUUAUGGCUCUGGAGCAGUUGCCCUGCAGCCCAAGGGAGGUCUCUUCCAAGGGGGAGUGCCGAAGCUCCGACCUGUGGGAGCCAAGGAUGGUUCAGAGAACCUAGCUGGUAAGCCAGCCCUACAAGUCCCCAGUUCUCGAGCUGCUGCCCCAAGGCCACCGGUGUCUACAGCCAGUGGGCGCCCUCAAGAUGAUACAGACAGCAGCCGAGCCUCACUCCCAGAACUGCCCCGGAUGCAGAGACCAUCGUUACCGGACCUCUCUAGGCCUAAUACCACCAGCAGUACAGGCAUGAAGCACAGCAGCUCUGCCCCUCCUCCACCACCCCCGGGGCGGCGGGCCAACGCUCCCCCUACACCUCUGCCUGUGCACAGCAACAAAGCCCUAGCCUACAACAGAGAGAAACCCUUGCCGCCCACACCUGGACAAAGGCUGCACCUUGGUCGAGAGGGACCUCCUGCUCCACCCCCAGUCAAACCACCUCCUUCCCCUGUGAAUAUUAGAACGGGACCAAGUGGCCAGUCUCUGGCUCCUCCUCCUCCGCCUUACCGCCAGCCUCCUGGGGUCCCCAAUGGACCCUCCAGUCCCACUAACGAGUCAGCCCCUGAGCUGCCCCAGAGACACAAUUCUUUGCAUAGGAAGACACCGGGGCCUGUCAGAGGCCUAGCGCCUCCUCCACCCACCUCAGCUUCUCCCUCGCUACAGAGUAAUAGGCCACCACCCCCAGCCCGGGACCCUCCCAGUCGGGGAGCAGCUCCUCUACCCCCACCACCCAUGAUCCGAAAUGGUGCCAGGGAUGCUCCCCCUCCCCCACCACCAUACCGAAUGCAUGGGUCAGAACCCCUGAGCCGAGGAAAGCCCCCACCUCCUCCCUCAAGGACGCCAGCUGGACCACCCCCUCCUCCUCCACCACCCCUGAGGAAUGGCCACAGAGAUUCUAUUACCACUGUCCGAUCUUUCUUGGAUGAUUUUGAGUCAAAGUAUUCUUUCCAUCCAGUAGAAGACUUUCCUGCUCCAGAAGAAUAUAAACACUUUCAAAGAAUAUAUCCCAGCAAAACAAACCGAGCUGCCCGUGGAGCCCCACCUCUGCCACCCAUUCUCAGGUGAAGCCUGGCUUGGUCCUGUUCCUCAGGAUAAGGAUGGACCCUCUCCUGUGCUCAGAUGGUCCCUUCCAUUCCCCUGAAACCUGCAUGAGAGCUCCUGACGUGUUUCUCCAGUGCAACCCACCUCUAGACACCAAGCGUCCUCCCCACUCACCUCCAUCUAUGCAUCUCGUCUCUAGACUUGGUGAUUGGACUCUUUAUAUUGACAGGAGGGUCUCAAACCCUACAUCCAUCCCUCCUCUUGCAAGCCCUGCUAGCCAGAUGAGGAAAAAGCUUCCAUGUCUCCUGCUUUCCUUUUGGGGAAAGGUGCCUUGUUGUGAUGAAUGAACUCAUUGUUGGAGCAGGGUGGAGAAUGGUACUCCUACCUUCUCCUACCCACAGUGGGGGAAGCUUGGCGAGUAUAUUCUAUUUCAUCAUUCAGGAGGCUGGCAUGGCCAGGACUUCUGGGGGGUGGGCAUUUUUAGUGAAACAGGAAAGGAAUUUGCAGAGAAGUGAUCUGUUUUAAAGGUCAUGUUUGAAAAAAGGGCAAAGAAACGGUUCUGCUUUCUUUUUAGGGGUAUUUUGGUUUUGUUUUCACCCCACCCCAUGCCACCACCCCAGGGAGAAGUUGGAUAUUACAAAUACUAAAUACUAAUCAGUUGAACUAAACAUCUAAUAAGAGAGGGUGAAAUAAACUGGGGAUCCUUUUAGAGCUAGUCAGUUUCUGUGCAGCAAAGGGACCAGGAGCCAUUUGCAUCCUCUGGGAAUCCCUGCCCAUUUCCUCAGGGUGCUGAGGCUGAGGGAUGUUUUUCCUCUCUGCACUGCCCACUCCCUCAAGAGAAAAGUCCCAUUUUUUCGUUCAUUACAGAUUCACAUACUCCAAAAACCUGCAAUGGGAGAUGGGAAGAUAAGGCCUUGGCCUUGACACCUGGCCCUUUUAGUCCUGCUCAGAAACUUCAGCCCCUCAUGGGUGCUCCAGGAUGACAAGGGAAGGGUGAAGCACCUCAUGGAAGGGAUCAGCUCUGUGGACUUCGAAGGACUUUAAGGCCAACUUAUUCCAAAGUUCACAGCCCAUCUGGCUGAGUAUGUUCUUUCUGUUCCUUUCUCCACCACUCUUGCCUUCCCAAGACUGAAGGGGUUAUACAACCAAAUAGAGAAGGGUGAGGAAGCUUAUGGGGAUAGUCAAAGAUUCCUCUGUGCCAAGAAGCACAAAGACUUUGGUGAGGUGUGCUUCAGUCCAAUUGAUCUUCCUUGGCAGUCAGCAAUAUGUUUCUUUGUCUUCCAGUCCUGGUUAAAGGGCACAGAGGAAAUGGGUCCCAAUUUAGGUAGGAACUGAGCUUGGAUGGUGCGACAGGGACUUCACCAUUCUCCAGCAGCAGGAUGGGGCUCCUGGGUUCUACACAUGGGUUGGUUUGGUUUGCUACAGCUCUUGCCAAGUGCAGAGACUGCUCAAAGCUUGGAGUUAGAGCAGGAGAGCCAGGGCUAUUCCUUGAAAUGGAUGGGGAGAGUCAAUUAAAAAUUAUCACCAGGUACAUCAACAGGCUUAAACUGCCUUAGGGACCUCUCUAAUCUGUUAGAUCACAGACUAAGGAUCUGUGCCUGGUGCCCAGUGAAACCCACGUCUUCCCAGUGCUAGAUGGGAGAGCUCUCAACUUGGGUUAUUUGUAUGGGGUCUGCUAUCCUCUGCCAUCCCCUGGACUACAUUGGCCCUUGGGACAAACCAUGGUGAGGUCUGUCACCAAACUUUUCUAAUCAUUCUCUUUAUUUUUAUUUUCAAAUCUGUUAGCAGUUAACCUCCCAGCAGUAUAUCCCUAGCAUCCUGAAGCCAGGAUAGCUGAGACAGGGCACUAGUGGAGGGAAAAAGAGUUACAAGACUUAAUUCUGCAGCAGAGUUCCAGGGAGAUGCUGACCAGUUACUGAACUUGGACUGUGAAGUCUUCCCAUUUGUUUUUGAAAUGGGAGUUGAUGCCUUUUGUACAAUGUUAUCAAAGUAUAUCUUUUUUUUUCCUCCUUUACUCAAACAUAGAGCAUCAAAAUGAGUAUCACAAGUAAAAGCCAAACCCCAGCUUUUCAUUGGGGCUGAUAAUCUUCCUCCUCUGUGACCUGCUGUCCCUCAUAUUCCCCAGCAUUUGGGCUGUGUCACAUGGGUAUUGAUUGUAUUCUCAUUUUCUUGGCCUCAUGAAAAAAGGCCUGGGCCUAGAUCUAAUCAGAGGGAUUUUCUUCUUGAGAGCAUGUUGAUGGCACAGUACCUAUUUAAAUGUCUUUUGCCUUAUACGUUAUUUGGUCCCUCUGUUAAUAACAGAUUUAUUGUCAUGUAUAUUUACUAUUGAAGAAUGGGAAUGUGAUCCUCAUAGUUAUUGAUCUAUUUUAUAUGUUGUAAAAAGCUUGUAAAAUAGAUUUAAGGUGGGCUGGCUGCAAGAGCACUAAAACUUCUCACCUUUUAAACUGCUCUUUUUAUCUGCUUGUGGGAAUUUUGUCUCUUCAGUGGAAGAUUGGGUGGUCUCAUGUUGAGACUAUUGCCCAGUCCCAUUAACCCCCUUAUUCCCUCCCAGAAGGAAGAGACAUUGCCUAACUAAGCAUCAGGAAUCUGUGUUAAAAGCCCUUGUGCGGGUUUGGUUUUAUGAUGUUUUUCUCUAGUGGGAAAAACUUAACUGUUUCUUUCCACCCUUUCUGGGAAGCAGAGCAGUGGCUUCCAGGUUUUUAAAUGAGCUAGAUGCCCCUCUUCCCUCUUUUUUGGUCACCAGACCUGGAUCGAAUCACUUUGAUAUUCCAGGUAUGGUUUUUUUCUGUUGUGGGGAUUUCCUCCAGCUGCAGAACCCUAUCAUCCUCACAGCCUGGGCUCCCAGAGUGUGGGUUUAGGGCUACCCCACCUGAUGGAUGUGAGGCUGCUGUCUCCAGAAAUGCAUCCCAGCACUCCUAACUGGCAAACGCAAGGAGACUAGCCGCUGGCCAUUGCACUGGGGGCUUCCCUCCCCCGACAGCUUCCCAACUUGAAGCCCAGAUUUACCUCCAGGGAGAGGUGAGAAAAAAUUGUAAAUAGACUUGCUACAGAGCAACUCAGGGUUGGGGUGUGUUUUAAUUCUCCUGAUCACUUGAAAUAAUCUGUAGGCUGAGUGCUUAUGGGAGUGGGGGAGAAAUGUGACUCCAGGGUCCUUCCCUUCCGCAAAGUUCUGGGGGUGGAGUACAGGGCAUCUGAGGCCCUUUGAUGGCACUACACUGAGCUGUCUGUCCUUCUGGAAACCCAACCUACGAUCAACUGCAAAUCCAAUUCUUCACAUUCCAGUUGUAGCCUUUCUUUCCCUACUGAAUCUCAGUCCCUGGCCAUGUGGUCAAGGUGGCUUUCUGUAAGACACCCUGAUUUAGGGAAUGGAAGGCAUUACAAGUCUGCCUUCAAGACUCAUCUCUUAAAAGCAAAAUGUAACAAAAUUACAGCCACCUUCAAGAUACAUACAAAAAGAAGGAUAACUUUAACUGAAGGAAGGAUUUGGUUCCAUUCAACUCCACGGUCAUUGUGCCUUUACUUGUGUUAGAGUUCUCUGCUUUCUUCCUCUCUCCCUUUGAAGCAAUUAAAAUCUUCCUUGAUAACUGCUGUUUCCUUCUUUCUACUCUUGUUUCUAACAGCUUAGUGGGUUUCCUCUAAUUGUCUUAAAUCUCAUUCCACUGGUGGCAGAGGGGCCAAGCCUUCUUUUCUCAUGUCUAACCUUUGUCCUUUCCCACGGGGACCAGUGUGAAAGUCAUAGUCAACACUGAAUAAAAGACUAGAAUGACAUGUGUGGCGUGCGUGAGUGUGUGUGUCUGUCCAUCUUUGCGUGUGGAUCAGUUUAUUUUCUUUUUAAAAAAUAAUUUAUUGUAUGACUUAUUUUGGAGUUCUACUCCAAUUACAGUGCUCCCUCACCCAAUUAGCAGUGAUUUUGCCCCCUCCCUCCCCACAGUGUAUAGUCUGGUCUCAGGUUGGAUUCUUUGGUACAUUUCUUUCUUCUGGAUGCCGUGCAGUUUAAUUAAACCUUGCUUAAAAACAAAAAAAAAAACCUGAAAACUGUACUCUUGUCUGGAACGCCGCCUCAAGUGGUGGCAUAGAGAGGGGAGAAAAUCCGUUGCCUCCAGUGAGUGUAGUGGUUUGACUAGGACCUCUGAGAAGGUAGAUGCACUGACUUGGGCGGAAGCAUCUGGUAGCUGGAGGGGUUUUCCCUCCUCCCCUCCUGCUGUUUUGAAUACCACAGUUCAUUAGCCGUGCUCACCUGGGUGAUUCUGAUAGAUCUGGUCAUCAAUGUUUGCCACCUACCUGAUUUCAGGGGACCCAGGAGAUGCUCUGGCCUUGUCCUCUCCUUCUAUCUCUUAAACUUCUUUCUACCUGUGUUGCAUGGCAGUCUCAGACUGAGGUAUGGAAGAAAAGGUGGGGGCAGAGCAGACAGACUAUGCGUGUCUAUUUUUAUUGGUUUUUCUUUUUUCCCUUUCCUGCUUUUUGCAUUGAAAUCUUAGCUGGCUUUCUUGAACUUUGACUUGGGGUGUAAAAACUGAACCAGACAUUCUCUGCUUACUGUGGUCAGCUGACAUAAUCACCACCAAGAGUUAAUGAGCUUACCUUGCACUUUUCAUCACUAGGAAAGGUCUUGAAAUUAUUUCCCAUACUGAUUCAUUAUGGGUGUGUGUAUGAAUCACUUUCACAUAAUUUUAGAUAUGAAAACAUGUGAGAGGGAGGGGGGAAAGGCCUCCUUUCAUUUUCAUCCAUACUUAACAGAUUGGCUGAAUCCCUGAUUAUUUGACCCAUCAUUGUUAUUAAUAUGAUUAAUAAACUACCUAUUUAUUGAUUUAA